AUGCCCACACGAGGAGUGAGUGUUGCGUACAGUACUUGCGUGGAAAAAAAAGACAAGCCAUCAGGGGACCAAAGGUUGGCGCUUGCCCCCAUACAAUCAACAAGACAACACAAAAGAGCGGAGGUGCCUCAUGAGGUAGUGGGCGGCCAAGGAAGCAAAGUUUCUUGCUCUCCACCUGUUGAACUUACCCAACUUGGUAUGCUGGAGUGCAAGGAUAAGAGCAGGCCCAAUUGCUUCACAGCUCUUGGGUUCUUGGUGCCGACUGUAGCAGCAGCAGAUCUGGGGGGAGCAGCGAAGGCGUUCAUCAGAUGUUAUCCAGUGAGCACCCUUCAGGCCCCUCAUGUUCCUCCAAGUCAGCUGGCCCAGGUAGAUUAUGUUUUUGCUUCAAGGAGCAAAGGCAUCAAGAGAAGCUGGCCUUUCCAUCCACACUCACUGGGGCUUUGCCUGAACCACGGUGUGAAGGAUCCAUUGCCUCCAUUUGAGCCUCCUGAUUUGAUCCGGUCACGGCCAUUAAAUACUUCCACAGACGUUGAGCAAUCUGCUGCGUGCUCAGAAGCCAUCAUUAGUGUUGGUCUGGUGAAGAAUAGAGAUGCUGGUUCGUCAAACGAGUAUACAGGCGAUAUCAACUUCCAGUCAUGCCAACCAGUAGAUGAGUCACUUGCACCUACGCCAUACACAUCACCAGAGGAUGGGAAAUCUGGUAUCGACCAAGUGGGAAGUACAAAUGAAUCAGAUCAUACUGAUGACGCUGUACCUAUAGAUCUGCAAGAUAAUAGCUGUACAAAAGCAAGUAGGCGAACUGAGGUUGCUGUGCCCUUGCGGCGAUUGAGAAAUAUUGACUCAUCGUGCGAGCCAUCUGAAAAGAAGUGCAAAUUUGUAGUCAAGUUAGGUGCCUCGACAGAUAUUCGGCGGGCAGAGGAUAUAGCAUCUAACUCUAGCUCAGUUUCAGAUCCAAUGGCUUCAAAGACUUGUCCCGUUUGCAAAGUAUUUGCUUCCACUUCGAACACCACAUUGAAUGCUCACAUAGAUCAGUGCCUUUCUGUUGAGUCUAAUACUGAGCAUGUUGAAACAGUCCUUGUGAAACCUAAAGUGAAGCCAAGAAAGAAGCGAUUGAUGGUGGAUAUAUACAAGACUGCUCUUCCUUACACCCUUGAGGAUCUUGAUCGGAGGAAUGGUACUAAUUGGGCAGUUGAGUUGGCUAUGUCUCCAGUGAGCAAAGAGGUUUGCACUGAGAACCGAAGCCCAGAAGUGGUAUCAUUUGACAGAAGAGAUGAUGAAAGAGAAGGAGAUGUCUAUGUUGAUUCUAACGGCAUAAAAAUUAGAAUUUUGUCCAAGUGUAAUGAUGUACCUUUGGUGAGGGAUGACCUUGGUUCAAGGAAAGUUGUGAAGCAUGGAACUGGAAAAGGUAUACUGAUGAGCAAAAAGAUGCUGAAGUCAAAAGUUUUGAUGAAUAAGAAGCUCAAGAUGCAUGGAAAGAAGUACAACAAAACAAGCCAUUUGAACUCCCAGGUUCAAGCAUACCCACAUGACGAUAUUCAUGAGGAAACCUCCGAGGAGGAGCAGCAUGCAUGGAAUCCUUCUGAAAGCACCAGCAAUUGUGGUUCCAGGACUAUGCAGCAGUGGGUGUGCUCCAAACGCUCAGAUAUCAACAAGAGUUUAAGCAGAAAACAUAGUGGUAAAACAUUUGAUAAAGUGACACCUGGAGCACAGAAAUCGGAUAGGAGCAGCAUGCUUGGCUUUAAUGAUUCUCAAGUUCCAGGAAGUCCUGCUGGGGUGUUUUCUUCUGGGUCACCAGAAUACAUGGCCACAACUUCAGAAGCCAUUGGUGUUGAGCAGAGUAAUGGUCCUUCAAAAGUGCUUAGAUUGAUUCCUACAUGGUCUUCAAAAACUCAUCUGCAGAGCACUGUCAUGCCAAAAGUACCUAGAUCAGCUGCUGCUCUUGCAAAGAGAAAAAUUAAGGAGAUUGGGAGGAGAGAAGCUACCAAAUUAGAUAAUUAUGAUAUAGUGAGGAAUCCCACUUCAGUGAAAAGAUCUGAAGCUAGGAGUCUUUCCAUCUCCACAGCAGGGCCAAGCAAUGGACCAAACAGGUUAGCAUCUACAUCAAAGAAGAUCCGGAAGCACCGAUCUCCGUUGAGGACUGGCAAGCGUGCAUUUUCACCUUCUAGUACUAGAUUAGUACAUGGUUUUGGGGAAGAGCAUGAUCCUGAUACCAGACAUGUAAAUAAGAAAUUCAGGGUUACUAGUAAUGAGGGCCCCAAGAAGUUUUUGAAACAUACUGAAGAGGAUACUGCAGAUAAUGAAUUCUCUUUUGCAAGUGACAUGCCAGUAUCAGGACAACAGAAUGAUCAAUAUGAUGUUGCACAGGAAACAGAGGGUACACAAAUGGAUUGUGAUGGUGAAGAUGCUGAAACUGACGUGCCAUAUGAUUCAGUAUCCAGAAGUGAUCCUGCUGACUGUUGCAACCAAAGAAGUGAUGUUUCUCUGAGUCCUGAAAAUAACAGAACAGCAGAUGAUGAUGUUUUGGUUGAAGGCUACAGUGUAGCUGUGGAGGAUCCAAACUCCAGUGAGCAAUUAACACAUGGCCAUGAAUCCAACAGUGCUGCCAAUACUGAAAUGGAUGAAUGGCAGAUGGAUCCGACUUCAACAAAGGAAUCUAGUCCCUGCUUAACUAGUAACAGGGACAUGGGCCCUGGAGGUCCUCAGGAUAACUCAUCAAUAACAUCAAAUGGAGAAAACUCUAAUCAAGAGCAUGGUCUGCCACUCAGACGGGACUCACUAGAUUCUCCUAUUUCGACUGCCUCAACUAUGUCCCCUCCAGCUGCUUUGAAGGAUUCAAGGACUAACGAGGAAGAACCUGGCCCAUCUACUGGUAGAACUGUUGAAGAGCAAAUCACUGGGUGCUUGAAUCAAGAAACCAAGUCAAUACCUGUGGCCAGAGAAGGUGAACGACUGCCCAAUGAGAAGCCUUUUCGUUGUUCUUGCCAGGAGAACAUUUCCAGAGAGUCUCAUCAAAGUGCUAUUGCCAGACCAAUGCUGAAUUUUACUGGAAAGCAGGUUCCACAAUUGCACAUUGGUUCGAGGGCAUCAUCAUCUUUCAGCACAUACCAAAGAACCAGCACAAAGCCCAACCCUUGCUUAGAUUCACAUGAUCAUCUUUUAGCAGCUAAGGUUUCAGCGGAAUCUGCUAUCAGCCUCCCUUCUUAUGCAGCAGAUUGUGUAAGCCCCUCAUUACAAACUCAGCUUCCUUCACCAUCAAAUCCUAUCUUGAGGCUGAUGGGUAAGAAUUUGAUGGUGAUGAACAACGAAGAGAGUCUGCAUCCUCAAGCACCAAGUUCAGACUACAUCUUGAGAGGGAAUUACGCGGCACCUGUUGGUUUUAUGCCUCCAAACUACCAACAUCUCAGUAAUUCUGCAUUUAUCAACAUGCCACCAACCACAGCCAGUCACCAAAUUCCUCUGCCAAGUGUUCAAGCUAGCAGCUUUGUUGCUCCUCCAUUGCAUGGUGGUUCUGUGAUGCAAUCUGACCAUCAUUCCCACCAGAAGUCCUACAGAAACACUAUGCCUGUCAUGCAUCAUCCAACCUACAUGAUGAAAGAAGUGAUUGUGAUCAAUGAUUCUCCUGAACGCAGAAGUGAGCCACAAGCUAGCAGCAUGCUUUUCCCCCCUGCUCCACCUCCAACACUCUCGGUACCAAACAAUAUGCCACCCCGUCCAUUUUACUGCCUUCCACCGCAAAGCCCAGUUUUGCCAAGGGAGAGGGCUGUUGGAUCCAUGCCUGUAUAUGCAAAUGUUGGCUCAAUGGUUGGUGUCAAUUCAUCAAGUCAAGGAAGCCAAACAGAAGUCGCCAAUCCUUACAUGCCAAAUCCGUUCUUCGUCCAGUCUCGAAGUGGUUACAUAAACCCGCCAGUGUACUAUUCACAGAAUUUGCAGUGA